AUGCAGGAGACCAAAAAUAUCAUUACACAGCCUCCGAUACAGAUGAAACAAGAAAUUCCUCCUACAUCUCGAAUUGAACCACAAGUUCCUCAAGGGCCACCUGUUUCCCGAGUGGAACCUGUUGCAAAGGCUAAUGUUAUGCAGAUUGAAGAGCCAAAACCAAUGGUUACUCCAGAUAUGUGGAGCUGUUUGUAUUUUGUUGCUCCAGUGAAUAGGUUUUACAUGUCAAUUCCUUUAGACGAUGAAUACGAGUCGUUUUGGGAAAACCAAUGUAAUGAAUAUGAUUGUUUGUGA